CAACAUACCCGAACAAAGUGGGGGCUACCAGUCCCUCCUCCCUCGUACCUUGAUCCCACUUCCCUGUUCCCUCCAUCUUUGUUUUCGGGUUCACAAAUUUACAAUUUCACGUCUGCUCGCCCUUCUCCACUGACGGCCGGCCACCGCACCAUCAAACUCGUCUCUGUCUGCUGACCACCAGAUACUGGAACCCACGCCUCGCCCCAACAAUUUCUAAAAAUUCGAAUGAGAAUUUUCAGGAGAUGUUGAAAAGGCUUAGGAAUUGACAAAUUGUAGCCACAGAAUUCUGGAUUUCUGCUUUACAGAUGGAGGUGGGCAGCAUUGAUCAUGAGUUAGAUUAUUCUUGUUCUACUGGAACUGAUGAAGACAAUGCAGACGAAGUGAAAGUAAGAUGCUGGGAUCAAAGAGAAGCUGAACCAGGAGAACCUUGUUGUGCCAUUUGUGGUCGCUAUGGGGAGUACAUUUGUGAUGAGACAGAUGAUGAUAUUUGCAGCUUGCAGUGUAAAAAGAUACUUCUGGAAAGAAUUGCCAAGUCAAAGUUUCCCUCCUCACUUCCUGUUCAGAAACGAUUACCUACUAGUGAUGAAUGCUUCUAUGUGAGAGAUACUGAAAGAGGGUCAAGCUCUCGUCUGCUCUCUGAUGAAGAAACUGCACUACUGAGAGAGAGACUUCAUAUUUCUGUUAGAUGUGGCUCUGUCCUUCCACCUGUUUUGUCAUUUUCUUCUUGUGACCUUCCAGUGAAGCUCCUUCAGAACAUUGAGUCCAUGGAAUUCGAACUGCCAACACCAGUCCAAAUGCAAGCUAUACCAGCUGCUUUAAAUGGGAACAGUCUUCUUGUUUCAGCUGAGACCGGAUCUGGCAAAACUGCUUCAUAUCUGAUCCCAAUUAUCACUCGUUGCGCGAAUUUUUCUCGUGGUCAAUUGAACAAGAGAAAGCCAUUGGCAAUGGUUCUUACACCAACUAGGGAGCUGUGUGUGCAAGUUGAGGAAGAAGCAAAGUUACUUGGAAAGGGUUUGCCAUUUAAGACUGCACUUGUGAUUGGUGGUGAUGCUAUGGCCGGCCAGGUCUACCGCAUCCAACAAGGUGUGGAACUGAUUGUUGGAACUCCUGGAAGGCUGAUUGAUCUGUUAACUAAGCACGAUAUUGAGUUAGAUAGUAUAUCCAUGUUUGUGGUUGAUGAAGUUGACUGUAUGCUUCAGAGAGGCUUCCGUGAUCAGGUGAUGCAGCUCUUUAGGGCUCUUUCAUGUCCCCAGGUUCUUAUGUUUUCUGCCACAUUAUCUGCUGAAGUUGAGAAGAUGUCACACUCAAUGGCAAAAGCUUUGGCGGUUGUCUUUGUUGGAAAGCCAAAUAAGGCAAACCUUGCUGUAAAGCAGAUAGCUAUAUGGGUGGAGUCGAAACACAAAAAGCAAAAGCUUUUUGACAUACUGAUGAGCAAGCAGCAUUAUAGGCCACCAGUGGUUGUGUUUGUGGCUUCAAGGCUGGGGGCAGAUCUCUUAGCUGAGGCAAUUAACAUUACAACGAGAGUCAAAGCUCUCUCUAUCCAUGGUGAAAAGUCCAUGAGUGAAAGGAGAGAGAUUAUAAGGUGUUUUUUGAUGGGUGAAGUAUCUGUGCUAGUAGCAACUGGUUUAUUGGGCCGUGGAGUGGACCUCGUGAGCGUGAGGCAGGUUAUAGUGUUUGACAUGCCAAAUUCGAUGAAGGAGUACAUCCACUUGAUUGGCAGGGCCUCUCGUCGUGGAGAGGAGGGUAAUGCAAUUGUGUUCAUAAAUGAGGAGAACAAGAAAGUGUUCCCGGAAUUGGUUGACGUAUUGAAAUCAUCUAGAGCUGCUGUCCCGAAGGAGCUUGCUAAUUCAAGGUUCACAACAUAUCUUGUUUCCAUGAGUAAGAGCCGGAAGAAAAGGAAACAUGGUGCUUGAGACUUGUAUAUCUGGUCCCACGAUGGACAUCCUCAAAAUUCUACUAAUCUACUUACAACGAGUCCUAGUGGCUGAGAUGCAACAUUGGGCCGGGUGCUGGCCAGAGGUACAUUGAUAAUGUGGUACCCUGAUUGCUUGGGCUUCCUAGUCUUCCUACUAUGCAAUUUUGCAAGGAAAAAUCCACUGAUUCUAAAGUUCUAAUGAACGUUUUUCGAAAGGGAACAAAGUCCAAGGCCUAAGGCCUUCAAGAAGUAGAACUUCUUUCUCCUCCCCUGGAUCAAUAUAACCAAAGAUACCCACCAGAAUUCCAGAUUGCAUAUUUGGGUAUCAGAGAUAGAAGGGCGGCUGAGUUUAUUGUUCUACUUGAUGAUGCUCUUAAAAGUCUUGAUCAGGCAGUCACAUUUUUUUUUUUUUUUUUUUGUGAAGUGGGCUGGUACCCAGUUGAGAGGUCAGUAGGACUCGUCCGCAGGACACUGCCUCAGAAGCUCUGGAUGGAAGUACUACUGUACUAAACCUUCUGCCAUCGAUCACAAUGGCUCGGAUGUGUGCAUACUUCUUUGGGAUAGAAAAUGUUGUUAUAUUCCUAAAUUACAAAUCAAUUAUGCUGAGAAUUUGAAUCAUACUUCUACUCCAAUAAAUUGGUGGAGAGGGGAUGUAAAAGAGAAACAAUAAAAAAACAACUAUUGCUGUGGAUAAUAUAGUGAAAGCAUAGUAUAUUCUUGAUCAUGAACAGGUUGAGAUAAUGUGACUUAUUACUUGUUGAUGGAGUAUCAUAUGACAAAGAGAAGGUUAUAAUGUUCUAA